AAUAGCCUGCAUUUCAGAGUCGUUCAACACAGUCUUUGCAUCGAACCAGAACAUCACAGCUCGUUCCAUCGUUUAGCCAUCAUUCUUGUAGCAAAAACAUGGAUUUACACGGCAAUAUCUUCAAAGUAGCCACGGUCGAAUGCGAUUUCUCGUUUGUUGAGGUCAUCGAGGGCGAAAGAGACGAGUUAAGAAAAAGAUUCCUUGAAGUUUAUUUCAGAGAUGAACCGACUUUGUAUGAUCUGAUAAAUGACGAUGAUAAAUGGGAGGAAUACUACCACGAAUUAGUGACAGAAGACGAACCACGGGAAUUAUUCGAGGACCAUUUUCACCGACAAUUGGCGCACAGAUACGGAGGAACCCUGGCCGGUCGGACUACGGUCAAACCCGAGAAUAUAGUUCGUCAGAUCUCGUUGUUCGUCGGAACCUACUACAUCGCAUCCUACAUCAGAUCCAAGGAGCUUCUUCUCAGCCCAGAGAACGACCUCAAGUGCGCGAACAUCAUGUUGAAAAUUGAAAUACGUUCGCUUGGUAAAGAUUUGGAACGGAGGGAUGACCUUUGCGAUGAUUUGUUGAACGAGGUCUACCGUCACGAGAAGAAGAUUGACGAGAAAGCAGCCGAAAAUGACGAGCUUAUUUUGAAAAACAAAAGCCGGCUGGCAAAGAUUAAAAUCCUCCGAGAACAGUUGAGGAAACUUGGUGGCGGAGAAAAGGACGGAGGAGGAAAGUGCGGUGGUACUACAGACCCACCCCCGGGUAAAGCUACCUCGACGAAAUCCAAGGAGAGGUCAGGGAAGAAGAAGGCAGACAAAAAGGUCGUUUCGGAUUCUACAACAACAAGUGAUGAUGAGAAAUGACUAUAUGAUGGUGAUGUUAGCAGUGUUGUCGCGUCGGCCGUCAAUAGUCCAAUCUCGAUAAAGAAUUUUGCAAAAAUUAGGCAGAUAUAUUUUGACUCAUCUUCUUCGGGAUAUGAUUCAGGAUUUGAACAAACUGCU